GGCCGUCCAGUGCUUCCAGGUUUUCCAUGGUGGUCUAACUUCAAUUGGCUCAUAAUUUCAACAUCGAAAAAAAACAAUCAUUAAAUUAUUACUAAAAACUGCUUAUAUGAUUAGGCUUCACAUUGAAAAAUCUAAUUCCUAUACAAGGUCAACAUUAUCAAAUUUUUUGUGUGCUAACCACAAUGAAGUCUCAUCUUACAUGUCGUUUCGUGAACACUUUCAAGAGGUCAAGUUACAGAUCAGACCAUGAUCUAUUUUGCUUUGUGAUGUUUACCAAUCCAAAUUAAGACUAGGUAGGGGUGAUGAAUUUAUUAUGUCAAUCGAUCUAGUCUGUCUGCCCUGAAAAAUUGAGUGAUUGUCAUUAUAACCAAUCAGGGAGCUUGAUUCUUCCAUUUUAUUCAGCUAAAUACUUGAACGAAGGCCGGCAUUACAGUUAAACGGGAGAAUCGUUCGGGACGCUUUGCAACCAUGGUGGGUCAUUUAAUAAUUUAUAGCAUGAAGUGAGUGUAUUUAAUAUGUAAAACGUUGUUGUAUUCAAUUAUUCCAUGGUGAACAACGUUGUGAUCUUCAUACAACUAAAAUGGAUUUUAUUUCGCCACAUAAGUAUUCACUAGAUCCAGUUUACUCGUCCCACUCAUGUUUCUGCUAGUAGCAUAAAGCAAUCACGUACUUGCACCUUAUUUAAGCUGCAUUACAGUUGGAGCAUGCUGUUUGAUUUUUUAACAUCGAAUAUGAGUCAUCAUGUAACUAAGUUAAAUUCAAAUGAAUAAAUAGAAUUAACUAUUUUUAACAUUGUUCCUAUUUCAUUGUAUGAGUCUUCAUUAUCAACAACAUGGACUGGGUCACACGCGAAUGUAUCAGUCUACAUGUUGGUCAAGCCGGAACCCAGAUGGGCGAUUCUUGUUGGGAGCUCUACUGCCUCGAACAUGGAAUACAACCUGAUGGCAAGGUCCCUAGUGACUCAACUAUUAAAAACGAUAACGAUUCUUUCAGUACGUUCUUCAGCGAGACUAGCUACGGUCGUUAUGUCCCACGUGCUGUUUUCGUAGACUUGGAACCUUCAGUUAUUGACAGACUGAGAACAGGCUCUUAUAAGCAGUUGUUCCAUCCUGAACAAAUGAUAAGCGGAAAAGAAGAUGCUGCUAAUAAUUAUGCCCGUGGCCACUACACAGUUGGCAAAGAGUUGGUCGAUCAGGUUCUAGAUCGUAUUCGGAAAUUAUCUGAAAGGUGCACAGGACUCCAAGGUUUCUUAGUGUUCCAUUCAUUUGGUGGAGGUACGGGAUCUGGUUUUACAUCUCUAUUGAUGGAACGUCUUUCGGUUGACUUCGGUAAAAAAGCUAAGCUGGAGUUCGCUGUAUAUCCAGCUCCUCAUAUCUCAACAGCUGUUGUUGAACCUUACAACUCUAUUCUUACCACACAUACAACACUAGAACAUUCAGAUUGUGCUUUCAUGGUUGAUAAUGAAGCUAUUUAUGAGAUAUGUCGUCGAAAUUUGACCAUUGAUCGACCAACAUACAGCAAUCUUAACCGGUUAAUCGGACAAAUUGUUAGCUCCAUUACUGCUUCUCUCCGAUUCAGUGGUGCUUUGAACGUAGAUUUGAACGAGUUUCAAACCAAUUUGGUUCCAUAUCCCCGUAUCCACUUUCCAUUAACAACAUAUGCACCCAUUAUAUCAGCAGAAAAGGCAUUCCAUGAACAACUGAGUGUUUCAGAAAUUACAAAUUCGUGUUUUGAACCUGCUAAUCAAAUGGUUAAAUGUGACCCAAGAAAUGGAAAAUAUAUGGCUUGUUGUUUGUUAUACCGAGGUGACGUUGUUCCUAAAGACGUAAAUGCAGCAAUUGCAAAUAUCAAAACUAGAAGAUCAAUUCAGUUUGUUGAUUGGUGUCCCACUGGCUUUAAAGUUGGUAUUAACUAUCAACCACCGACUGUUGUUCCUGGGGGAGAUUUGGCAAAGGUACAGCGUGCAGUGUGUAUGCUUAGUAAUACUACUGCGAUUUCGGAGGCCUGGGCUCGUUUGAAUCGGAAGUUUGAUCUCAUGUAUGCUAAACGCGCAUUCGUUCAUUGGUAUGUUGGCGAAGGUAUGGAGGAAGGCGAGUUCUCAGAAGCUCGUGAGGACCUGGCUGCUCUAGAAAGAGAUUACGAGGAAGUUGCUUCGGAUACUGUAGAUGCACACUCUGAUGAUGGCGGAUUUUAAUGUUAUUUAACUACUACUUAAAAUAUAUUUUUUUACACCUCAGUAA